UCCAUUUAUAUUUUAUAGGUGGCCAAAUUCCCCGUUAAUUUGUCUUCCAAGCCAGCGGAGAGACGGAGAGAGAGAGGAAGAGUUCUCGUCUCGGAACAAAUAGAAAUUUGAUCUGUCGUUUGCUUUCUCGUCCUUGAAAAGAAUUCAAAGUUCUAUGAUGAGAUUCAAGAAGGGUAAUAAGGUGGAGGUUUGGAACAGGAGGGGGGUUCCUUCUGGCUCUUGGCAGAGUGCCGAAAUCAUAUCUGGUGAUGGGCAUACAUAUUCUGUGAGGUAUGAUGGGUAUCCAACAGAUAGCAGUGUGGCAGUGCAUAGAGUGUCAAGAAAAGCCAUUAGACCAUGCCCUCCACCGUCAGAUGACCUUAAAGAGUUGAGAAUUGGUGAUGUUGUUGAGGUCUUUGACAAGAACUCUUGGAAGCUUGCUGAAGUUCGGACUACUAUUGAUCAGAAUAACUAUUCUUUGAUGCUCCUUGAAUCGUUCAAGGAAUUACGAGUCCACAAAUCUUUCAUGAGGAAACAACUGUCUUGGCAUGACAACCAGUGUAUGGUGAUUCAUAAGGAUUCCGGAAAACAAAAUGAUAGAAGACUGAGCAGCUCAGUUAGAGGAGGGAAGUCAGGUUGCCGUAUACUUCAGUCACAUGAGAAGCUGGAGAAUUAUUCUAAGCGUAGCAAUUUUCCAAUGGUUUUACCAAGAAUAAUGAAGAAAAGGACACUUGAUAUAUCUAUUUCUGCUAACUCAUGGAAUGGAGGAAGAAAAAAGAAGAUAGCAAUUGGAAAAGAUGGCAGUUGCCAGAGAAUUACUGUGAAUCCAUUAAAACGUACAUCAAAGGUAGAUGAUACUACAAGUGGAAGACUGUUUGGUGAAAAAUACAUGGAUUGUUUCUUAAAUAGCAGAACUUGUUCUUCUAGAAUUGAAUCAGGGAGGAUUGUUCCACAUUCAGAUGAACAGAAGUAUAUUUUGAGUUCAGUCAAUAGUGAUGCUGAAAGUAUUUCAUCCUCUGUUGGCAGUUGUAGUGUUGACAGCAGUCCAUGUGGGUCAUUGCAGGACAAUGAAGAAGUGUAUAGCCAAACUAAUCGUGCUGAAACUUCCUGCAGUUACGAAAGAGAUUCAUCUCCUUCUAAUAUGGCAGACCUGCAAUCAGAAAUUCAUCUGCUGGAGUUGGCUGCAUAUCGGUCCACUUUAACCGCAAUGUAUGUUUCUGGUCCGGGCCAAAGUUGGAGGCUUCUAAGCUUUGCUUCCAUAGGCCUAUGAUGAUAUUGGAAUUGUCAUGCCUUUGCACUUCAAUCAGUGUGUCAAGAUUUCCAUCUUAUUCUCAUGGGGUAUAUCAGUUUUGGUGCUUCUAUUUCUGUUUGCAACUAUUUCAGGCCUUUUGCCUUCGAUACAUGUGUGAUGAAAGGGGAUUUAGUUGAUAUUUGAAACUAAUCUUAGUAUCAAACAUUUGAUCUUUGAUUCUGUUCAGAGUCUUGACUUUGUUAUAGAUAUAGGGAAUGUUUGUCGGUAGCUUAUGCUUCUAGUUUAGAAACAUCUGGUAAAUGAAACAUUAAUACUCUUUCUUAUUACCUGGAUUUAAAAUUUUAAAUCAAAAGUUUUUUUGAAAUCAAAAUUCACACUAGUGAAAUCUUGCAACUUAGUUUCAUUCACGCGACCAUAAAGUCAUUGAUAGUUGUUUGAAUAAAUAAAAUAAGUUAUACAACAACUAGUCUGUAUAAGUGGACUCUAGGCAUCUUUGGCACCAAUUAUGACCUAAAGGAAGGUUAUGCCUCUAGAUAAUUUACAUUGGAAGUUUUAUCUGACACGUUUAGUACAUGCCCCAGGAAGUGUUUGAUUAGUGGCAAUGUUGAGCACUGAACAGAUGCUCGUAGUAGCUUUUCUGUAUCAUCAUCGUUCAUGGUACAAUGUUUUUAUCAUACUUACCAUAGUUGUAUACAUUUUCAAGUGGUGGGAGUCUAUGACUUGUUUCUCUUACAAUCUCCAUUCUAACUUUGUUUUUAUGAUGCAUUUGAGGAGAAUUGGAUGAAUUACACGAGGUGUGCAAUGGUGCAUUGUCAAACUUUCUACAGGGAAGUAACUUUUCUCAGAUUUUGAACCAUUUAUUCUUCUGUCAUUCUCAGAUGGAAAAGAAAUUUCUAUGCCUUUUAUCACUUUCAUGUGAUUUUUAAUUCUAGCUAUGAAAUUAAAAUUUAGUGAAUAAAUUUAUAUUAUUCUAGUAUCAGGUAUGUUGUAUAUUUCCUAGUGGGAUAUUCAGAUGUCUGUUUUUAUAUAAAAAUUAUAAACACUACUCUACUCUAGCUGAAAAAUAAAAAAUUAUUUUUUCAUUUGAAUUAUCAGGAUUAACUCAUAUAGACUCCCUGUCUAUGCUGGAAAGCUGAGAAAUUUAAGUGGCAAAUACUAUGAUUUAGGUAUAGGUAUCUAAACUUUCAUGGCAUGUGAACCUAUAUUGAUUUUAUCUGUGAAGAAUUGCAUUGAAAGUGAAUCAUCAAUAGCUAGCUAAACCAAUAUAUGUUUCUUAAAUCAGGAUAGUGCUGAUUUGAAAAUGCUAAUUCCCUUGAUACUGGAUAAGGAUGGAAAUUUAACAGUUAGAUUAGUGUUUUGCAUGUCUCAUGCUGCUAAGGUGAUUGGCAGUUAGUGCUCUGCUACCCGCAGAUACUGUGUAGAAGUAAACGACUUUGAUGAAGUCUACACUCAUAUUUUGUCCUCAGGUCUGCUGUUCUUUGUCUCACUAGAAAUUGGUUCCAACAAAUGUCUCAUCCAACCUAUUGAUUAUUUCUUAUGUCUUUAAGUGGACUGCAUUUAAAUUUCCAGUUGGCAUUUGAAUACUACAUAUCAACACAUAUAGGUACACAAUGGUAGAGGUAUGCCCUUUCUUUUUCACCCUUUGAAUGUUUAGAUAUUUCUAAUUUCCUAUAUAUUAGCAUUUCUUAAUUUGAUCUAACAUUCAAUGUUUUCUAGCUCAUUGUUAGUUUGAAGUGGCAGAGAAAACUAAUUUAGUUUCUAAUAACUUGGUUUUCUUCUAGGAGCAAUGGUUUGCUAAGGUCGCCAAUGAAUCAAUUCUUCAAGUAUAUAGCACAAUUGUCAAAAUUCACAGAUGCCAAUAUGAAUUGACCGAGUAAUGUGAAGGCUGACUUGAUCUUUCUCAAAAUCACUUAUAUAGGGCGUAACACAGACAUGGCCGCAUGACAUCUCUGGCAUAAUGGUCAGGGGUCGAUUCUCAGGAACUGAUGUGACCUAGGGUUUACCUCAUCAUACGUCUGACGUCUGUGUACCUGUCACUAAGGGAGCUGGCCACACAAAAUUGAGUCAUAGAAAACACUCUGGCUUGAGUAGAGGGUUGUGGAAGAAGAUCACGGCUUGAGUAGAGCCCGGAAAACGCUUGUGACAAAGCGGAGUCCUUGUAGAAGACUCUUGAUGGUGGUGGAAGGCUUGUGAUGAAUGCAAAAGCUCAAGUGGAGUUUGCAAGAAUUCAAUGCUCCAAUAAAGUUUCACAACAAAGGAGAAGGUCAUGUCAAGCUUGCAUCGCAGGCGGAAAGCUUGGGUGAAGCUUGUGACCUAGGGGAAGGCUCUUGACAAAGGUGGAACUGCGGAUGGACUUGUUUGCUUCUGCAUCAAGUAUUGGUGCUUGUUGGCACAGGGUAUUGAGCUUCUCAAGUGUUGAUCGGCCGUGUCAACUGGCACAACUGGAGGUUUGAAACCAUGGUGAAACUUGGAUUUUUAAACCAUUGGAUCCUGAUAUUGAUAAUUCCAAUAUUGUCAACCUUUGUUUAAUAGAACUGAAUUUUAGUUCCAUAUUUUGUAUUUGUUAAACACAUUCUUUCUCAUAAAUCCUUUCUCCUAAUUAGAUGCACAAUUAAAUUAUUUCAUUUCUAAUUAAUAACAACUCACUAAUUUGUAUGA